AUGGAUAUCUUCACUAUCUUUCCUCCAUGGCUCCUUACAACAAUACUUGUUCUCUUAAUGUUCUGCAUCUUUAUAUACACUCUUAUGAACAAGUCAUCCAUAUAUGUCCCUAAGCUUCCCCCAAGCCCUCCUAAACUUCCCAUUAUUGGAAACUUGCACCAAAUAUUGGGUAAAUCUCGUCAUGAAAUCCUUUGGGAACUUUCCAAAAAAUAUGGUCCCAUUAUGCAAAUUCAUAUUGGUUCAAAACCUUUCCUUGUUAUCUCUUCCCCAACCAUGGCCAAACAAAUCCUAAAAACUCAAGAUCACAUAUUUUGCUCUAGACAAACAUCUCGUGCCACUAAACGUCUAACAUACAACUAUUUGGACGUCGCCUUCUCGCCUCAUGACAAACACUGGAAGGAGAUGCGCAAGGUUUUUGUGUCUGAGCUCCUAGCAGGUCCCAGGAGAGCUAAAAUGCUUAACCAUGUGUUGGUGUUAGAGACAGAAAGUAUGAUUAGUUCUUUAUCGUUACAUCCAUCAAACGUUGCUAUAAACUUAAACAAGGUGUUAUUUGAAACAAUAAAAGGUGUGAUAUGCAAAAUAGCAUUUGGUGACAACUAUAGGCAACUACCACUUAUUGGUCCGUCAUGGGAAGAAAUGCUUGAUGAAACCAAUACAAUGCUUGGUGGAUCAAUUGGCGAUACAUUUCCAUGGUUGGGUCACUUUAUAGACCAACUUAGUGGAUGGAAUGGUAAGCUAGAGAAAUGUUUUUCAUACAUUGAUGCUUAUAUUGAGAAUGUCAUCAGUGAUCAUCAUAAACAAACCAUUGGAGAACUAAGUGAUGAUAACAAGGAUUUUGUUCAUACUUUAAUCGAGUUAUGUUCCAACCAUAAUUCUUCUGGCUAUCAGCUCACCAAAGAAGACAUGAAAGCACUGAUCAUGGAUGUACUUACUGGAGGAAUUGAUACAACUGUAGUGACCUUGGUAUGGGCCAUGUCUGAGAUCAUUAGAAAUACUAGAGUGAUGCAUAAGUUGCAAAGUGAAAUUCGAGAUCAAAUGAAUGGAAGUAAAAAAGUAGAAGCACUCGAUAUGACAAAAAUGUCAUACUUGCAUAUGGUGAUUAAAGAGACAUUAAGAAUGCAUGAGCCAGCCCCAUUACUAAUACCACAUGAAAGCAUAAGCCAUUGUCAAAUUGGUGGUUAUGACGUCUUUCCAGGGACGAGUGCUUUGAUCAAUGCAUGGGGGAUAUCAAGAGAUCCGACAGUUUGGGGAGAAAACGCUGAUGAGUUCUAUCCAGAAAGGUUUGAGAAAUUUGAGGCUAGUGAUUUUGAGAUGGUCCCCUUUGGAGGAGGACGGAGAACCUGCCCUGCAAUCAACACAGCUCCGAUAAUUGUAGAGUUUGUGAUAGCAAACCUUCUUUUUUGGUUUGAUUGGGAACUUCCUAAUGGAGAAAAGAACGAAGAUUUGAACAUGGAAGAGAAGGGUACGUCGGUUCUACGUAAAAAGUUUCCACUUUGGCUUGUGUUAACCAAGAACAAUGAGAAGAUGACUAGUAUAUAAUUAAUUUACCUAUUUUUUAGAAUAAAAUGGUCACUCCUACUCUGUUAUCAAAGUGACCAUCAACCAAAGGAGCUCUAAUAUUCUUAUUUCUUAGUAUAUAUAUAUAUAUAUAGAAGCUUAUAGUGGUG